UUAAUAUUUCCGGUUGUGAUCUUUCCUCUGAUAUAUUGGUGUCUCUGAUGGACCGUGAUAAAGAGAUGAAAGAUCUUUUUAUUUGUAAUCAAGAAUAUUUUGAUUUGGUCAAACAAAGUAUUUUCGGGGCAUCCGAAGAAGGUUGGCAACAGUUCCUCGAGAUUCUUUAUGCUCCUCGACGUGUCCUUUCAGAUUCUGAAUGGAUAUCUACCAUAUCGGAGGUAUUGGAUCCGAAUCCUCAUCUUUUGGCUAAAUUCAAAGAAAUUGUUGGAUACUAUGUCUGUAUGAUUAGAGAUUAUCCAAAAAUUUUAGAAAACCUUGAAACCUCAUAUCCACAGUUCUUUGUUAAUGUCAAUCAAUUCUUGAGUCAACAAGCCGAAUAUAGAGGAAGUGCAUUAGGUGGAAACCAUCUAUCUCAGGCGCGACAAUCAGUUCGUGUCAGUAGUGGUGGCAUUUUUCAAGAAGGAAAUAAUAAUAAUAACGAUAGUGAAUUGUCGUCUUUAUGGAAGAGAUGCUCGCCGACGAUAUCGUUGCCGCUGAAACAAACGAAUCCACCGUCGAAGACCCCAACGCUUUAUGAUGAAUUUAAAUCCGUAUUAUUGUCUUCACGAAGUGAAUUGUCUGAUGAGGAAUGGGAAAUGGCUAUUUAUGAAUAUCUGGACCCUUGGCCACAACUUGCCGCUCAAUUCGAAGAAAUUAUCUCCUAUGAAAUUGGCGAAGAUUAA